AUGGUAGGCAAGAAAUCUACGAAAGCGCUCCUUCGGGACGAAGGUCUCGAGAGGACGGAUAACAAUAUGGACCUUACAAAUUGGCCUCAAGUGGGCAUGAUAAAUCAGAAAAAUUAUUACACCGAGUAUCUGAAGCGAGAUGAUCAGAUUCUACCAUUGCGCUUGAUCUUAGAGGAAAGACGCAGCCGCAUGAUCAGAAUGGCAAAGGAGAAAGACCGCAGCCUAUUCAGAGGAGCUGACUCAGAAAUACCCGAUCAAGAUGUAGACAUGGAUGACGAAGGUAUAGAAGAAGGGCCAGAAGCAUUGACAGGUCAAGAAGCAGUUGGAUCUAAAGUCAUUGUUGUGCAUCCUGGCAGCCAGAAUCUACGAAUAGGCUUGGCGAGCGAUGCAUUGCCGAAGUCGAUACCCAUGGUAAUUGCAAGGAGGUGGAAAAGUACCGAAACAGAGGAAGACAGCGAUAAACGCUGUCCAAAGCGGAGAAGGCUCAACAGUGACGAGGAGCCAAGGCCUGAACAUCUGUUUGGUGAAGACUUUUCAAGUCAAUAUGGCCAAAUGUGUACGGAUCUCAAGGUACGCAUGCGAGCCAAUAAACGAAGGGUUUUACCGAACUCGAAGGACAUGAUUGUUACAUUCAACAAGCGAGCGCAGAUGGAAACAAUACCAAUGCACAAUGAUCCGAUGCAGAUCGACUGGACAGAGAUCAGGCCUAAGGAUGCCCCCGGCCACAUUUGUGGCAAAGAAGCACUGCGGAUACCAGAGAAGUCAAAUCCAAGAUACAAAUUGUUCUGGCCCUUACGGCACGGCUGGCUGAACGAAGAGGACUAUGAAAGCAAGAGAGACCUUUUCAAUGACAUAGCUGUCAUCAUAGAAGAAGCAAUCAAAUCGCAACUUGGCCUUCACAGAAAGCGCGAUUGGAUCCAGUACGGAUGUGUUUUCGUUUUGCCUGAUCUCUACGAGCGCCCAUACAUAGUGCAAGUACUAGAUCUGCUCUUGCGAGAUCUUGGGUUCGGCAAAGUCUCAUUCAUCCAGGAAAGUCUUGCGGCAACCUUCGGAGCCGGGUACAUCGCCUCCUGUGUAGUCGACGUUGGAGCGCAAAAAACUUCAAUCUGCUGUGUCGAAGAAGGAAUGUGCAUCGAGAAUUCCAGACUCAACCUCAAAUAUGGCGGCUUUGAUGUGACAGAGACCUUCGUCAGGAUGAUGUUACAUGAUCACUUUCCAUACCAGGAGAUCAAUCUCCGACGCCGGCAUGACUUCCUUCUAGCAGAGGAGCUGAAGGCUAAAUUCUGCUCCCUGAAUGAACAGGAUGUCAGUCCGCAGCUAUAUGAUUUCCAUUUACGGGCAUCGGAUCAAGAUACUAGAAAAUAUCAAUUCAAGACCUACGACGAGGUCUUACUUGCGCCUCAAGGCUAUUUCGAGCCAACAAUCUUUGACAAUUCAGACAAGCUUGUCGGUCGGAGAAAGCUUGUCGGAGCCUCAAGGGAUGUGUACGAAGGCGGAUAUAAUGAACCUGUUUCCGCUGCGCAGGCUGAACUGAUCGGACAGAUAGCGCCGCUUGCUCCGACGAACGGUGAAUUCAACGGUGAGCCUACGAAUGGUGCUUCUACUACUGCUGCCGAGAAGAAGCCUCUUCACCUCCUAGUAAAAGGCAACGGUCCAGAUCGAGCGUCAGCUUCUGCAGCGGGCACCCCUGCUCCCGAGGAUGAAGACACGCCCGCACCGCCAGGGGAUGAAAAGGAAGGCGAAAAGGAGAACGCCAACGCGCCACGAGAUGACGUUCUUCCAAUUAUGCCACUUGACCAGGCCAUCCUAGCUUCAAUCAAUCACGGAGCACGUGGUGAUGAACGCAAGACUCGCGAGUUUCUCGGCCAAAUCAUGGUCAUUGGCGGAGGAGCCCAGGUGCCGGGUUUCUACUCGUUCCUUGAGCAAAGACUGAAGGAGUUGAGACCUGGGUGGGCGAAGGACAUCCUUAUCGGCAUACCCCCUAGGGAGAUGGAUCCUCAGGGUGUCAUCUGGAAAGGCGGCAGCGUCUUUGGGAAGCUACAUAGUUCAGCCGAUAGCUGGAUUGGUCGAAUGGAGUAUGAUAGACUUGGAGCUCGACUGUUGAUGCUGCCUGGCAGUGCCCACUGCGAUGAAUGCACUCCGGGAGCGUUGUCCCCCCGCCCCAGCACCCUCAUCUUCUCGUCACUCCCCUUCAUAGCUACAUUCUUGCUAGUAGCUGUCUUUGUUGCACAAAAGCUAUUCCCAUUCCUGUCUGGAGAAGGAUCGGUACCCAAAGGUAGCAACAGCAAUCGCCCUGCAUCGGUCACCAGGCCAGCCGUCAAGCAGAUCUCUGCAUGGAUUUUCUCCUCUACCAUUGCAUCUGCAACGGUGCUUGCUGAGUUGAUCCUAUGCGAGAUUUCGAAUACCAUAGACCCAGCAGCCCGAGGAUUAGCCAUCCAUCUGGCUAUUUCACUGCUACUAUUCUUUCUAGUCGUUGCGAUCCCGUUUCUGGAGAUUCACACGGUAAUCUCGACAGCCGGAUAUCAAUUCACAGGAGGUUCAAGCUCGAGCUUCAGAUUGGCUUGGGUAAUCCAGAUCUCAAGCUUUGCAGUAUGGAUUCUUGCCUUCUGGAAGAGCGGCGAAUAUCUAAUUGGGAAAGGCAAAGAGAUUGGACCUGCACAGCAAAGUGAUGUUGUUGAAGCAUCCCUAGAAAGAAUUGGUGUCAUUGGCAUCUCCUUCAUGGCCCUUCUCUCCGGCUUCGCAUCUGUCAGCUCCCCUUGGCAGAGCUUUUUCUCACGAUCUAAGCCUGUGAGCGAAGCCUCUGUUGCACGAAAAGCAGCUGGUAUCGAAGCUACCCAAGACAUGCUGGCUGCCAAAAGGGCUCGGCUCAUGGCACUGGAGCGCAAGAUUUCAGAGAGUCCUACCAAGUCUUUCUUCGAGAAGGCUAUAGGAUCUAUCAGAGGCGAUCCUGAUCGCAACGAGAAGCAGGCGCUCCAACUCGAGGUAUCCGGUCUUGAGACCAUGGCGUUGUCCCUGUCCACUUCACACUUGAAUUUGCAGACUCGCCUGAAUCUGCAGAAUCGCUCUCGUACAGCAAAGGGACGUCUGGCAUUGACACUAGCAUACUGCUUCUCAAUUUUCUGUGUCUAUCGUAUCGUCACUACGAGCUUAACAUUCAUCCGACGAUCUCUCUCUUCCCAUAAAUACACUUCAGAGGCCUUCACGACCUCAGAUCCCGUCGACAACAUCCUUGCCCUGCUCGCCAAACAUUACGACUCUCACCUCGAUCAAGCGGCUUGGGCACGACAGAUCUCCUUCCUCCUAUCAGGCAUCAUCCUCUUUGCCUCCUUCUCUUCCGUCAUGCAAACAUUCCACCUCUUCGCCCGGUUUCUUCCCUCAUUACUCAAAACUAUACAAGCAAAUCUGGCGCUGGUUGUGGCUCAGGUGUGUGCAACGUAUGUCAUUAGUGCGGCUCUAAUGCUGCGAGUGAUGAUGCCAAGUGCUGUGGUCGGUGAGGGCCUGAAGACCCUUGGGGGUGGUAAAGACAACAUGAGUUGGGUUGAUGGGUGGUUCGAGAGAUGGUUCCUAGCUGGCGUGCUGGUCACUGGUAUAGGCAUCUGGGUCGGUAGGACAAUGGGGACAAAUGAUGAUUGGGACGACGACUUCGACGAUGCUGGUGGACUUGAGAUGGGUAAAAUGUCAUGA